AUGACUGCCCAUACAGUCACACUCACAACAACAACAACCCAAAACCAAAGCCAACCCACUCCCACUAGCACCCACCCACUCCAACCAGUCCUCCCCACCAACACCCGAUACCCAAGCAGAUUAUUCACCAGGCCUGGCAAACCACUCAGCGCCGAACGGAAGCACCUCUUCGAGCAGGCCAAGGCCGAGGUCGAGAAACGAUGCCAGGCCGACCCGGUCUGGGAGGCCGAACGGCUCUGGCUAUUGGGCACCCCCAAGGACUCCAAAGAACCUGGCCAUCUGGGAUUCCUCCGCGCAUUGAUCAUCCGUGGUAAAGGUCACGAUCUCCCUCAGAUCUUUCGCACCCUCGAAAAGGGCGUCCGGAGGAGAAGGAAUGAGGCCACCGAACGCGGCGAACCCCAUCCGGGCCCACCUCGUCGCGAAGUAACUCCCCUGACUACCCCACCUGCCCGAAAGCAAGCUGCAGCUCAUAUCAACACGAAUCGCUCAACAGGGCCCUCGACUGAGCCAACCUCUGCGCCCUCUCAAGCCGGCAAGCCGACCGACCAACCGGAGCAAUCACCAUCUCCUCUUGCGCUCAAGGAUGGACAACAGCCCACUUCGUCAACGGAUCCCAGGCCUGAUCAAUCGCGUUCAUCCACCGAGGGAUCUCACUCCUCAGCUACUAUCAGCCAGCCUGACCGAGCCUCAACCCACAACCAGAGACAAAGGACUUCGUCUCGCUCCUCUCGCGUCUCAACCGAUCAACACGGCUCGAAAAGAACUGAAACAGAUGCCAAUGAGCUCACUGGCAACCUCCCGCUCUGGACUCCCCAACCCGGAACCGACCCCGCUCAAAUCAGACCGAAAUUGGUCGCCCUCGCUGACUUCAUAGCUCUGCCUCCCAUCCUCUUUCCCUCCUUCGAAAAACGCUUCUACAGCUACCAUGUCGUCUUGGCUCUCGUUCAUCUCUAUAAAGAUCAUGCUCAAAACCCCCCAGAUUCUCUCGUCGUUAAGUCUCAUAAACUUAAACUCAAGAUGGAUAAACCUUGGGAAACUCUAAAAGAAAAAUGCAUCGAAGCGCUUCAAUUGAUAUCUAACAAACAAGCUGGUAUGGCUCGGGAUGAAAAUCUCCGAAGCUUUGUGGUACCGUUUACAGACUUGAAGCAAGCGCAGGAGAAGGCGACCAAGCUGCGAGAGAGAGCCCAGGCUCAUGCCGAAGGCAUCUUCAGUGGCCUUCUUCCUAAUACCAUCGAUCGGCGUUCAUCCUCUGACCCUGAAUCCACGGGAGAUCAACCAUCAUCAAACAUCGAUCCAACGCUUGAUUCCGUCGUGCCCGGGAACCAAAUAAUAUCGAACAAACAACUUGAGCAUCCCGGCCGGGCUCAAGCAACAAUUCAUCAGGAAUCGGCACACAGUGGUUUAUCUGCUCCUGCUGAUAAUCAAACCCAACCUGCAAACCCACCAGUCACUACUAAAGAACAACCUGAGCAUCCUACUUCCGUUCAGCAUCAGCUCCAAGCAACGUCAAAUCAAGAAUCACUAGACCUUGACCCCACCGACGCCAGAGAUGAUCGCGUCGAGUCAGGAAAUAAAGCACAAGUCCAGUCUCUAUCUCCGAUCCAGGAUCGUUGCCAAUUGACAGCAGCCCAGGAAUCGAUAGACGUCGAUCCAGCUGGCCGGAGAGAACACGGUGUCGAGUCUGUCGACCCAAUCCCAAACCAUACGACUCUGCCGCUCACUCCAAGCUCGCCAGGGGUUCUCUCGACCUCUGUCCCAGCUGGAUUAGACAUCAGCCGGACCUCUGCGCCUCCUGACCGCGUGGUGGCACCUGUAUUUGCUCUGCCGCAUGUGUCGACCACCGGGGCGAUCGUCCAGCCCGGUCCGUUCCCGGCCACCCCAAGUUCGAGUAGUACUCAUUUGUCGACGGGCCUUGCUAGGAAUGGCGAUCCACUUGCACCGGGCACUGCUCAUUCUCCCGGGCCGAUGGGCUCGUCUAUGAUCUCUUCUGCCGUUGUGCCUCAGAACGAGUAUCAACCUCGUGUGCCCGAGCUGGCUAACCCUCGACUCCCCCUCAACUACCUCAUCCAUUCUGCUGCUGCAAAUCCUACUCCUUCUUCUUCUUCCGCCAAUAACCCUCGCGCUCUUCAUCGGCUGUCUAUCCCUGCUUCCGCUCAGGAUCCCAAUCUUACCCCCCAGCAACAACAGCUCCAGCAGUUGCAGCUUCAGCAGCAGCUUUAUCAGCAGAAGCAGCAGCAGCAGCAACAACAGCAGCAGCAGCAGCAGCAGCAACAACAACAACAGCAACAACAACAGCAACAACAACAGCAGCAGCAGCAGCAACAUCAUCCACAACAACAGCAGCAGCAGCAGCAGCUACAGCAACAAUACCAACAGCACCAUCAACAGCAGCAGCAGCAGCUACAGCUACAACUAUAUCAACAGCAGCAACAGCAACAUCGCCAACAGCAGUUGCAGUUACACCAGCAGCAACAACAGCAACAGAGAGGAAACUAUCAGAUUCAACAGUCUCCCAUCGCACAGGGCUAUCGGAGACAUUCCCAAUCCAUAGCCAUCAAUCCAAAUCAUGAAUCAGUCUCAGUUGGUGAACAGCUUCGACGACCAAUUCAGUCCACCCUUGGUGGCUCAACCAUGGGCACGCUGACGACUCGACCAGAGAACUAUCCCUUAGCUAGUAGCACCUCACCACCAGCGGGCGCGCAUUCACUCCCACCGGAGAUCUCAGCGCUUCCAUUGACGGACCUGCAACUUCAAGCGCGACAUUCACAAGAACUAGCGACGCUCGAGCAGCAAUUCUUCCGCUGCAUCCAGUCCUUAGAGCAAAGCUACGCCGCCCAUAUGAGUAGAGAGCCCGACCCGGCCCUGCGUCUCCACGUUACUCAGCUUCGCGACCAACGCCUCAGCGUCGGCAAAGAGCAUUACACCCAGUUCAUGAACCAAACCCGGGCCAGACACCGUGCUGAAGCCCAGCACAAUCACGCUCUCGCCCAGCAGCUCCGCCAACGGGCUCCUCCCCAGCCCGUGCCAGUCCCGGCAAGCCUCGCUCGGCACCCUCAGUCCCCGACUACCGCCUACACACUUUCUCCCGCUCACCCCCAUUCCUCCAUCCUCCAUCCACAACCACCUGCUCACCCCAAUGAACGGAGCCUGACGCACAACGAAGAAGUCCAAAACAUUCGAGCAUUGAGCGCGCUUUCGCCCGACGGUGGGGACCGGAAACGGGCCCUGAGCCACGCCUCAUUGGUCCCCCAUCCCUCCUCCACUUGCUCCCCAUCACCUUCCUCCUCGUCUUCAUCAUCCCUUUCUCCCUCGGACUCCUUCAGGAAUAAGAACCUCGCCUUCUCUCAUAAUAGUCAUGAUCCCGCUCUUCCUGGCUCUCAUAAACGCGUCAGAAGACCCGAGCAGAUGAGUAGACUCUUGGAGGUCGGUAGGACGCUUCGCAUCGAUUGGGGCUCCGGGGAUACCCCCGUCGUUCCCGCUUCUUCUUCUUCUGCUUCUUCUAGACAACAACAACCGACUGGCAUUGCUGUUCCCCCGCCAUCCUUGUCUUCUGGUGAUCGGAACCUCUCGAUAAAUGACUCUGGUAACCAGCGAGUUGUAGAUGUCGAUCUAAUGGAGAUAGAUGUCGCGGUCGAAGACCAGCCAUCGACUGCUCAGAAGUGCCAAACGAGGGAAGCAACCGAAUCGCCCGAUCGGGCACUGACCGUUGGUCGGCCUGUUGAGGCGGAGGACCAGGCGAUCGACAAGACGACGACCAACGAUGAUCGGCCGAAAGACAGUACAUCGGCCCUGGAGCCUUCUGGUCCUCAACCCCAAUCAUCAAGCCUUCCCGUCGCGCCGUCAUCGACUGAGGUCGUGUCGGCUGCUCCGGCCCCCGUCGAAGGGAGACACCCAGCUGUGGACGAAGAUCGGCGUCAGCCGUCGGCCGACCAAGCUCUUGCUGUUCCCUCUGGUCCACUCGAACCUGCCCAAUCUUCGACUUUACCCCCCACUCCUCCUCCGAAUCUCAUCUCUACUCAACGUCUCCCUGAAGCUCGUCAUCCUGCUACCUCAACCACUCAUCUUCUUCUUCCUCCUCCACUUCCCCCUUAUCCUCCGCCUUCUCUUUCUCCCCCGCCUCCGCCUUCUUCUUCUGAACCCCCUCCCCCUGCACCCUCAAUCAAUAACAAUACACGGCUCGUCAGGGCUCGGGACGAUCAGGAUAUGGAUCUGAACGACGAUCCGUUCUUCACCAUUUCCUUGUCCCCAAACCAUCCAUCCUCUCGCACCUUGCACACUCCGGACGUCGGUCCCCGACUUCCUUCAGAUGUUCAUCAGCCCCGCGGUCCCCUCGAUUCGUUCGACUCCGAUUGGCUCUAUAUCGAUUUGUCUUGA